AUGCAGAAAGUCAUCCGGCGGACGGCUCUGGCCCGGAAUCAGGCCCAGCGGAAAGCGAAAAUCGCUGCCAAGAAGGAGCAGCGUGAAGAUUUCAAGGAAUCGCUGAGACAGCGUUUCGCUCAGGAGCGGUUGCGGCUUGACGCUGAGCGUGAGGAAAGAUUAAGACGUCGGGAAGAUUGGUUGCGAGGUCCUCUGGCACCGAAAAGAGAUUCUGGUGCAAUCGCGAGCUAUUAUGGUGCCUUGACUCCUCAAGCACUGCAACCGCCAAAGGUUCCGGCUCACCUCCGGAGGAAAUACAUCAAUAUUGCGCCCGGAGAUCGAGUUUGUAUCAUGAAAGGUAAAGACAAGGGGAAAAUUGGCGACGUCAUCAAAGUCGAUCCUGAGACGGAGACCGUCACUGUCAAGGACCUUAAUAUGGUUGAUGUCCACGUCCCCGAAUGGCUCAGCGAAGCAUACGGAAGCCAACGUGCCUACAAUGCCGUGGAAUUACCGAUCCCAAUCGACGAUGUUCGUCUCGUCGUUGCCCUUGAAGACUCCGUCACGGGCAAUCUCCGUGACGUCUUAGUCGAACACGUUUAUGGAGGGGAGCCGUUUUUGGAGCGACCAUACGGCUCGACCACCCCCAGGCAUACGAGGUACAUAGCGGGUGAAAACAUUGAAAUCCCUUGGCCGGCCGAAGACAAGGCUCCUCAAUUCAGGGACGAGCCUUGGGAUACCCUACGGAUGGAAGUGGAAACACCGACAUGGGUCCCGUCACUCUUGCACCCGCCAUUCGAGAGCAGUAUCUUGGACGAACUGCGGAACAAGUACUCGAAAUACCGGACACGGCAUGAUCCUGAAUGGGUCGAGGCGAAGAAGCUGGAGGACUACAAGGAAGAGUAUCUCAAGAGUAGAACUCUGCUGACUCCCAAGGGUGAGCUGCGGGCCAAGCUCCUGAAGGAGAAGGAGGAGGAAAGGAAGAAGAAUCUUGAUGCCGAUGGCAACUAUAUCAUGGACAAAGAGACGGCCGAGUUCAUCGAACGGUUCAUGCAGCAGAAAGCUGCGAAAGAGAACACUCCCGCUGCUUGA